AUGCACCAAAGGCCACAUGAUGCAGUGAUCUCAGCCAAACCCGUCUGGUUCCAGAGCGUGUUCCAGAGCGUGUUACAGAGCGUGUUCCAGAGCGUGUUCCAGAGCGUGUUCCAGAGCGUGUUACAGAGCGUGUUACAGAGCGUGUUCCAGAGCGUGUUCCAGAGCGUGUUACAGAGCGUGUUACAGAGCGUGUUACAGAGCGUGUUACAGAGCGUGUUCCAGAGCGUGUUACAGAGCUUGUUACAGAGCGUGUUCCAGAGCGUGUUACAGAGCUUGUUACAGAGCGUGUUACAGAGCUUGUUACAGAGCGUGUUCCAGAGCGUGUUACAGAGCGUGUUACAGAGCGUGUUCCAGAGCGUGUUCCAGAGCGUGUUCCAGAGCGUGUUCCAGAGCGUGUUACAGAGCGUGUUACAGAGCUUGUUACAGAGCGUGUUACAGAGCUUGUUACAGAGCUUGUUACAGAGCGUGUUCCAGUGCGUGUUACAGAGCGUGUUACAGAGCGUGUUACAGAGCUGGUUACAGAGCGUGUUACAGAGCGUGUUACAGAGCGUGUUCCAGAGCGUGUUCCAGAGCGUGUUCCAGAGCGUGUUCCAGAGCUGGUUACAGAGCUGGUUACAGAGCGUGUUACAGAGCGUGUUACAGAGCGUGUUACAGAGCGUGUUCCAGAGCGUGUUCCAGAGCGUGUUACAGAGCUUGUUACAGAGCGUGUUACAGAGCGUGUUACAGAGCUUGUUACAGAGCGUGUUCCAGUGCGUGUUACAGAGCGUGUUACAGAGCGUGUUACAGAGCUGGUUACAGAGCGUGUUCCAGAGCGUGUUACAGAGCGUGUUCCAGAGCGUGUUCCAGAGCAUGUUACAGAGCAUGUUCCAGAGCGUGUUACAGAGCGUGUUACAGAGCGUGUUACAGAGCGUGUUCCAGAGCGUGUUACAGAGCGUGUUCCAGAGAGUGUUACAGAGCGUGUUACAGAGCAUGUUCCAGAGCGUGUUCCAGAGCGUGUUCCAGAGCGUGUUACAGAGCGUGUUACAGAGCGUGUUACAGAGCGUGUUCUAG